CUAUUACUCACGUGUGGCACCUCCACCUCAGUGGCCAUCGAUUAUUAUUAUGUCGACGGCAACCUGCACGCUGCUUGGCGCAGCCAUUGACACUUUUGUUCUCAACCAUGACCUCGAAUCCUCGACCAAACUCCAAUACCACCGAUAAACACCCAACUUUACAUUCAGCUCCUGCCAACCAUCAGGACAGCUCCGACAUCUCCUCCUCCAUCCCAGAUGAAUUUCAGAAAGGUCUACGAAUGACAAAGGUCACCGAGAAAAAGGUGAAGGAGGUCCAGUUUCGUAUCGAACCAGAUGAAGGCCGCAUCGUCUACGAGUCAAAGACGAGUGGGAUUAGUGCGUUUUCUACAGCUCGUCUUUAAGUGAAAUUCCCAUCAACUGUACCUCAAAGUCCCGCUCGAAACUAUUAAGGAACUUCGGUUCAACUCAGAUGCAGGCUAUUACCGUGUACUAUUCAAGUUCCCACUAGAAGUACAGGCACGCUGGACGACAAUAGUCUUCAUUCUCGACGGAACCUACAAAACGAUACAUAUCAUCGCGCCAUCAGUGGAUGUUUUCUAUCGCUGGAAAUCGGCAGUCCAGAAAUUGUACACAAUUCGACAAGGUCUGAUGACUGGACUGCAAAACAAUGAGUUGAGGGAUGCGCUUUGGGAGAAGCAGUAUUGGAAGGGUGCAGACCGGAACAAUGAUCAGAAACUAGAUUUCAACGAACUGAAAGCCCUCUGUCUUCGGCUUAAUUUGAACUUUCUGGAAGCAGAUUUGAAGAAGGUCUUCAAGGAAGCCGAUGUCAACAAUCGAGGCUAUUUAGAUUUUAUAGACUUCAAACGUUUUGUCAAGAUCGUGAAAAAGCAGCCCGAGGUUGAAACGUUAUACAGCAACCUUUGCACCUCCGGAGCCAGUGACAAGCUGAGCUUUGCGAUGUUCGAAAAGUUUAUGCACGAUUCUCAAGAAUCUCAACUUACCCAACAAGAACUGAAAGACGUUUUCGCGAAGUAUUCACAAACAACGCCUGCUAACGAGACGACCCAGAGUCCGCUUAGCACGACGGAUUCGGCGCCCAAGACGGAAUCCUUCAUGAAUCGGGACAGUUUUUCGGCUUUCCUUCGUUCAAUGGACAAUUCGGUCUUCCCCGACCGAUAUGGCCCGGUUCACCAUGAUAUGACAAAACCGAUAUCAGAAUACUUUAUCUCGUCUUCGCAUAAUACUUAUCUCAUUGGACACCAGCUGGUAGGGAUAUCGACAAUUGAGGGCUACAUCAGGGCACUCUUGCAUAGUUGUCGGACUGUCGAAUUGGACAUCUAUGAUGGCGACGAAGAGCCCAUGGUUUUUCAUGGCAAAACGUUUACCUCCAAGGUGCCCGUACGGGAAGUUUGCCAAGCUAUCGCCAAAUACGCGUUUGUCGCGUCUCCGUAUCCCGUCGUCAUUUCUGCCGAAGUGCAUUGUGGGGUCAAACAGCAAGACAUGGUCGUCAAGGCAAUGCAAACUGUAUUCGGGAAUGCGCUUAUUAGUGCGCCCGUUGAUGGACGACCAAAACUUGAGUGCCUUCCUAGUCCCGAAGACCUGAAAGGCAGAAUUUUGUUGAAAGCAAAGAAUCUCUUCGUGGCCGCACAACUAGAGUCAUUACAAGCAAUGCGGGAUGCUGAAGCUGCCGCACAGAGACGAGCGGAAAUUGAAGCAGAAGUCUCGGCUACAUCGUCCUCGUCUUCCUCCGAAGACGACACAAGCAUUAUUGCGGAACUUAGAAGCCUUAAACACAGAAUUCGCGAGAAGACGAGUCGAAGAAAAGCAGCUAAGAAACCCAAAGUCUGCAUGUCGAUGAAUCUUCUUUCCCUCCUCGUUUACACAGUAGGAGUUAAAUGCCGUGGGUUUGGCGGUCAACAAUAUGCGCCAGAACAUAUGUUCAGCCUUUCGGAGAAUUCGGCCAAUAAGUAUCUGGAAGGGAGCUUUAAGGAUGUGAUUAAACAUACGCAGACACAUAUGAUUAGAGUGUACCCGAAGGGAACUAGGGUCAGCUCGUCGAAUUACGAACCACAUCGGUUUUGGGCUGCAGGUGCCCAGGUUGUCGCACUCAAUUUGCAAACCUUUGAUAUUGGGUACAUGAUCAACCAAGUCAUGUUUGAACGGAACGGACGCUCGGGAUACGUGCGUAAGCCAGCUGCACUGCUACCGAGCGGAGAAGAGCUUUUGAACAAACACACUCAACACUAUCUCGAUGUGACGGUCAUCUCAGCCCAACAAUUGCCCCGACCUCGAGAUGCUCUGGGCCAUGAAAUUAUCGACAAAUCCAUCAUCGAUCCAUACGUUGAAGUAUCACUUCACAUACCCCUGUGGUCAAAAUCCCCAUUCUUACCAGGUGGGGACGUCGUAUCUGGGAAAACAUCGGUAACCUAUUCGCCCCCUAACACCAAAGCAUCCACAACAGAAGCGACUUCCGGGAGGACGGUAUCGUUUAAAACGAAAUCUGUCAAAAACAAUGGUUUCAAUCCUGUGUGGAAUGAGGAGCUUUGUAUACCAUUUGAUUGUGUGGGUGACAUGAAGGAGUUGAUAUUCGUCCGGUUCUCGGUCAGACAGCAAGGGGAUGAUGUCGAUGAUGAACCUUUGGCUAGUUAUUGUGCACCCUUGGGGUGUUUACAGCAUGGUUUCCGAUAUCUGCCUCUACAUGACUCUCAACUGGCUCAGUAUCUUUUCUCUACGUUGUUUGUGGAAAUCAAAAUUCGCGACGUGAAGAAGGCUUGACCAGACAUGAAUAUUCUCAUUCUUUGAGUACGUACUUAAGGAAUCUUGGACAGAUGUACGAUACAACUUGUAGUCUAAAGAUUGAAAUGGAACGCGGGGAUGUACACUUCUCCUAGCUGUUUUGUCUCCAAA